GGGGCAGCCCUGCCGACGAGCAUAUAUUGAGGAGGCCACUGCAGCUUUUACGAUUAAUUGCGAUUCAGACGUUCGAGACAUUAUUCGUAUUCCCAGAUACUCCGAGAUAUAACCUCCGCGAACCUCGCUGUUUUUUUAUUCGUGAAAGAAACAAGAAACAAGGAGAAAAGUGCCGUGCAAAGCGAAAGAGCGCUCAUAAGAAAAGUGAAAACGCAGAGGAGAUCAGACAGCAGAGAACUGCAAGAAAACAAAAGGAACAGAACUAAUUACAGAAGCAUGGCUAGUGCAGAGCAGAAACACGCCACCGGCAAUGGCACCACCGCCAACGGAAGUGCAUCAGUGGUGGAUGCUGAGCAGCCCAAGGAUGCGAAGGACCUGCUGCCGCACCUGGAGUCCCUGGAGAGGAUCAUCAAGCUGCCGGUUGUGAACGCCGCCUGGGACAAGUCGCAGGACGUCUAUGGCAAAGUAAAAGGCAAGAACCGCGUCUUCGAAUGGGCCCUGACCGCCGCCGAGGACUGCGUGACACGCGCCGUGACGACCGCCGCCCCCUUCGUCACCAAGCUGGACAAGCCGAUCGCCUACGUGGACCAGACCCUCGUCAAGGGCAUCGACAAGCUGGAGGUCAAGGCGCCGAUCAUCAAGGACACGCCCCAGGAGAUCUACAACCAGGCCAAGAGCAAGGUCAUCGACGUCGUCCAGCCCCAUCUGGAGCGCGUGGUCAAGUUCAAGGCCGCCGGCCAGCAGAAGGCGGCCUCCCUGAAGGACCUCGCCUGGCAGAAGGCCAACGAGGUGCUCGCCACCCAGUACGGCAGCCUGGCCGUGAACGGAGUCGACACCACCACUGCUCUGGCCGAGCGGCUCCUGGAGUACUACUUCCCCAAGUGCGAGUCCGAUGUGGAGGAGGAUAAUGAUGAUAAACAAAAUGCCGUCGUGCAGAAUGGCAAAAGUUCUGAAAAUGACAUUGUUGUUGUUGGGGAGAGCUACGACCAGGAUCUCGAUCAAGAGAUUGACGAUAGAUUCUUAGUGGCCGCCUCGACGGUAUUCCUUUCCAUGUCCCUGAAAAUCAUAACCGAAAUUGUUGAGUACGUUAGAAGAAAUCCAGAGAUAAUAGGCAUUAUCGAUAGGGAACUCAACAAGUUUAUGUGCCAGUUCCCGCCAGCGAGGACCCAGUCCUACACACAGUUCAGACAGUCGGACGGCUAUCCAACAAGAUCUCCCGUCGCGUCUAUCGAAAUGUCUCCCGGCAGAUCAAGCAGGUCCAGAAGGGCAACAUCAACGACUAUCUGAGCUCCCUGAUAGCCGCCCUCAAGCUCCACCAGUACAUCAACUUCAUCAACUCCUCGAUGGGCACCAACGUGGAGCAGUCGACGCUCCCCAGUGACAUUUGCUCGCCGUUCGGACCAGGUGGCACUACCAGCAGCAGCACCACCACCACCACCAACAGCAACAGCAACAGCAACCACGCCACCAGCAACAGCAACUCCAACUCGAACUCUUCGUCGGCGGUGGUCGUCCAGAAGGGUCCUCCCAAGGCGGCCAAGAGCAAACCGACGGCGGCUCAGUAGUGCGCCCCCCAGAAGAGCCCCAUAUUUCAUAUCUAAAGCUAGAUAUUAUCCACCCACAACACCCACACUAGAGCGCACACACCACCCCCCACGACGCCCAUUUUAAAAUUGUAUUUAGAGUUUUUUUUUCGUAAAUUGAGGAUCAGAGGAUCACCAGAAGGGCAGGAAGGAGAGGGUUCUUGAAGAGAUUCCCCUUCCUCCACCCCAAUGUUUGCUUUGUAAAUAUUUAUUUGAAGUAGCCCCCGACCCCGCCCCCUCCUCACACACACACACACCCCCCCAGAACACCACACACACCUGUAGCUCUAAGGAUCGCAUUAUGUUUAGUAAGGAUCGGGAGAAGUAGGAGAGCAUCAUUUAGCUGUGCUAAAUUCGAACGUCAGAGUGCCACGAAUGCAUUGAAUAAUCCGUACUAUAUACGCCUAUAUAUGCCUAAUAUAUACACUGAUAUAUAUACUAAAUAUACACACGCACACACUAGCAGUGUGGGUUAGCUGUACGUAUCCGUAACCUAAUACCUAAAGCUAUUUCUAUUUCUAUUUCUAUCUCUAUUUAAUUUCCACUGAGCGCUCCCUAGAAGCUGGAAGCCGAACCAGAAGAUUUCAAAUCGCUAAUCGCUUAAAAGCUAAAUGCUAAACGCUAAUGAACAUGAAUUAUGCCCCCAACACGCACCCCUAUGGUCUAAACUAUACUCUAUACUAAACUAAACUAAACUAAACUAGAAUGAUAAUGUUAACGAUUAAAAAUAAAAAAGGAAAAACCCAAACAGAAAUUGGAACGAUGAACAAGAA